AUGUUAACAAUUUUCUUGUUGCCUCUUCUGAUCCAUACCGCCAUUUCUUAUAAAAUCUUAAUUUAUGCGCCGCAUUUUUCACGUAGUCAUUUAAUUUUUAUGAGCACUAUCGCUGACAUUUUAGCGCACACAGGACACGAAGUGGUAAAAAAAAGGGCUGGUAUAUCGGUAAUCCGCCAAAAUCUCUCAUUGCAGACUAUCUAUUCACUAGAAUUUGCGCCUAAUGUCACUGCUCCAAAUCCAAAAGAGGCCAAAGUUAUUACGAAACCUCUCUCGUUUGAGCUCAAUUUUGAUCUUUUGGGUUUUAUGUCAAGAAUGUGGGAUGAACGACAAACUACUGUCUUUGCUUUAAUAAAGAUAAUGCGACUCAUGGGCAGAUUUCUACCCCGUCUUUGUGACUCAGUCUUAGAAGACACUGCAACAAUCGAACAGUUUCGUAAAGAAAAAUUUGACCUUGGCAUCAGUGAACACAUAGAUCCUUGUGGCUUAGCUUAUUUUGAGAAAAUAAAUGUCGACAAAUAUAUUUCUACAGAUUCGUUGUGUCUUAACGAAGAUGUCACCGUUCCUUUGGGCAUUGAUAGCAAUCCAAGUUUUGUGCCACUUUUAUAUAACCCUUUCUCGGAUGAAAUGAGUUACUGGGAACGCGUACAAAAUUUUAUGCGUUCAAUAUCGUCAGCCAUAAUUCGUCACAUUGUCGUAGAUCUCGCAUUCAGUGGUGUUUUCAGAAAACAUCUGCGAAGCGACUUUGACAUAAAGGAGAAAUUCCGAAAGAGUGCUUUUGCUAUGGUAAACUCGGACGAAUAUUUGGAUUUUCCUCGCCCAGUGACCCAUAAGAUCGUUUACAUUGGCGGAAUAGGUGUCAAAAAGCCAGAAUCUAUGAACAGCGAUUAUCAAAAGUUACUCGACAGUGCAACAGAAGGUGUGGUUUAUGUGUCUUUUGGUUCUAUUCUCAGAAGCGAGGGAAUGCCAACAGAGACUAAGGAGGCAUUUGUAUCUUUCUUCAGAAAAUUUCCUCAGAUUAAAUUCAUAUGGAAGUACGAAAAGAACGACACCAUCGGCAGUGACUUAAAUAAUUUGGUAAAAGUUAGCUGGGCACCUCAAAGCGGCAUUCUCGCGCAUCAGAACUUGAAAGCAUUUAUUACUCACGGUGGUUUGAACAGCAUAACGGAAACCGCCCAUUCCGGUGUCCCCGCUAUCGUUAUUCCUAUGUUUGCGGAUCAAAUGAGGAAUGCAAAAAUGGUUGAAAAACGAGGUAUAGCACGUAUUAUCGAUAAACGAAAUAUUACUGGAGAAUCACUUACUGAAGCGUUAGAAGAGAUCCUCAGAAACGAUAGGUACAAUAAAGCAGCCAAACGCCUACAACAACUAAUACUGCAAAAGCCCUUUAGUGCUACUGAACGAUUAAUCAAAUACACUGAACACGCAGUUGUUUUUGGUCACAUAGACAACUUAGAUUUAGCAUCA